AUGGCUUCGGAGAACGUGUAUUUAAUUUUAUAUCCUAAUGGAGAAAUUUCUCAUACAUCAGAAGGGAUUACAUUCGUUUGCGAUGAUCCAUUAUGGAUAAUGAUUCCACCACAGACAUCGUUGCAAGAUCUGAAGAAUCUGAUUCUGGUUCAUACCGGAAUGGUUGGGAAAAAAGAAAUCAUGAAGCUGACUUAUAGGAUGCCGGUUGCAGUGGCCAACUCGUUUGCGUAUCAAAAAAUGCAGAUAAAAUCUGAUCAGCAGGUAUCAAUGAUGUUCUCUUAUCAUCGCAGCAUAGGUACCAUAUAUUCGUUGGAGCUUUGUCUGAAUAUUCAGGAUAUUGGCGGAAGCUCGUCCAGUUCCAAUAAUGUGGAUGGUGUGAGAAAUCUGGGAGCGGCUGAUUUUGUUCCGGGGCCGGAUACAAGUAGGGCCCGUAGUCCAAGCUUCAAUGCAUUUGUUGUGCGGGAACAGAAUGCAAAUCUUCAGGAAGCGCGCCCGUCCCCUUCAACGUUACUUGGGUUCGAUAGGCAUGCUGAUGUUGGCAUUGCCGAAACUUCUGACGAGGAUGACAUUGAAGAAUACAGUGGUGAUGAGGCAGAAGCCGUUCCGGAAACGCAACCUCUGCAUGGCGACGAUGUUCCUCCAAGACCUGUCGAAGCGGUAGGUGGACGUGUAUCCUCCAGCACACCUGCACACUACCUGUCCCUAAAUCUUGGAGCAAUGCAUUCGAGUAACGCAGAGGACAGACCUAGCAACUACGCUCUGUCAGGCGAGAUGGAGCUCGAGAUUGGGUUGAAGUUUCUGAACCGGGAAACAGCGAUGCUUGCAGUCAAGAACUACAACAUCCGUAGGAGUGCAGAGUAUAAGGUCGUAGAGUCAGACCAAAGGAGGUAUGUAUGUCGAUGCAAGCAGUUCGGUGAUCGAUGUCGCUGGAUGGUACGGGUUGCGAAGACAACGUCUUCCUGA